AUGGGUCACUACAAGCGUGAUUGCCCCCAACUUCAGAGGGAGAGAAAUGGGAGCUUUGGGAACCAGAAGACUCAACAGCUCGGGCAGGCCAGCUUUGUGAAGCAAAACCCUGGAGGCCCACCGCAGCAGCAGAACGGCACCUGUGUACAAUCUUUAUUCGAUUCUGGAGCAUCGCAUUCGUUCAUAUCUACUACUUGCGUAACUGCCUUAGCACUAGAAACGGAACCCCUGAGCAAAAGUACGAAAGUAGUAUCACCAACGGGGGGGAGCAUAACUGUUAAUCUAGUGUGUAGAGGGUGCGAGUUAGAAGUAGCCAACCUGCGCCUGACUUGCGAUCUCAAAAUGAUCGACAUGGUGGAUUUCGACGUGAUACUAGGCAUGGACUGGCUAUCGGCUCACCGAGCAGUCAUAGACUGUCAUUAG